UAGUUCAGACAUAAAAAAAAAACAAUAUUCUUAUUACUACUUACAGUAAGUCUCCUCUAAUAAACUAAAUGAGGCGCCUAUCUUAUCAUUUGUAAUGAAUUGUGCCCGCUAUGUGAUAAUAUAUCAAUUUUAUUAUAUGGGCACACGAGAAAUAGAGAGCACUGUACGCUCAGCAGGUAUUAAACGAGUUACCACUUAGAUGUGUGAUACUGUAGUGAAAUGGCUAAAAUUACUGUGAAUAAGGAUUUAGCGUCUGAGCGAGCGAAAUGUGAGUUCAACGUGGAAGAGUUGACCAACUAUUUGGAUGGCGGCAGAGAAAACACGGCCAGAAGAAGGCGUAUGGAGGACAAAGUACUAAGUGUGAAAGAACUCAGAGAUGAGAUACCAGAGGAGUAUUUGAGUCAUAAAGAAAAGUAUGAAAAUGCUAUACGUAAAGCAGUAUUAUUUUACAAAGUUCAGAAAAGCUUGGACGAUCCCAACCAGUCUGAUCAUGAACGAAUCAGAAACAGCUAUAGAAGUACAAUUACGUCAGCUAUUUUCAAAGAUAACUCACCUCUAACGUUACAUAUUGUAAUGUUCAUACCGGCCAUCAUAGGACAAGGUAACGAUGAGCAGAGAGAGUAUUGGUUGAAGAGAGCUAAGAAUAUGGAAAUUAUAGGAACUUAUGCUCAGACAGAAUUAGGUCAUGGCACAUUUCUUAGAGGCUUGGAAACCACAGCGACAUAUGACCCUGCUACUGAAGAAUUUGUUCUUCACAGUCCCACUCUUACCGCGUAUAAAUGGUGGCCUGGUGGUUUGGCUCACACCGCAAACUAUUGCGUGGUAAUGGCGAUUCUUUACACAAAGAGCAAAAAUUGUGGAAUACAACCUUUCAUAGUACAAAUUCGUGACGAGGAAACACAUAUGCCUUUGCCUGGUAUAAAGUUAGGCGAGAUUGGAGCUAAACUCGGAUACAAUACUGUGAAUAAUGGCUUCUUGGGUUUCGACAAUCAUAGAAUACCCAGAGACAGAAUGCUUAUGAGGAAUGCACAAGUAUCGAAAGAUGGUACAUUUACAGCUGGAGCCAAUAGUAAAUUGACGUACGGUACUAUGGUAUAUGUGAGGGUUUUAAUAGUCAAUAAUAUGGCAAAUUUGCUAGCAAAAGCAGUCACUAUCGCCAUCAGAUACUCAGCUGUUAGAAGGCAGUCGAAGCUGAAGCCUGAGGAUCCCGAACCACAAAUCUUAGAUUACGUAACUCAACAGCACAAGCUGUUUAUCGGCAUUGCAACAAGUCACGCGUAUUCCCGUACAGCGUUGUGGCUUUGGGACCACUACGCUAAAGUGACCAGUGAGUUGAAUGCUGGAAAAUUGGACAAUUUGCCUGAGCUGCAUUCUCUAGCAUGUUGUUUGAAAGUAUUGAGCAGUGUUGACGCUGCUGUUUUUGUCGAAAGAAGCCGCCUGGCCUGCGGAGGACAUGGCUACAUGCUGUCCUCUAACCUGCCUCAAACUUACGGCCUUGUUACACCUGCUUCUACAUUUGAGGGAGAAAACACUGUGCUUUUGCUACAAGUUGCAAGGUCACUAGUAAAAGCGUGGCAACAGAUGUUGAACGGUAGACAAUUAGCGCCCUCUAUGGCGUACUUGGCUGAUCAGAAACAAUUGGAUCGAUGGGACGGAUCAGUUAAUGGUAUCAUUAGGGCUUUCCAAAAAGUAGCUAGAGGUAAAUUAGCAUUCAGUGUGGCUAACUUUGAAAAGUAUCAGAAAAUGGGGUUAUCACGUGAAGACGCAUGGAAUAAGGCUUCUGUACAAUUGACAGCUGCUGCUGAAUCCCACGGCCGUGCCAUCGUCGUGCAGGUGUUCAAGACUGAGACAGACCGGAUAGCGUCAUCGCUGUCACCGCCGCUGAGGAAGGCCCUUGAUCAGCUAGUUGAAUUGUUCACCUUGUACUGGGCUUUGGAGAGACUCGGCGAUUUAUUAUUGUAUUCUCCAUUAUCAGAAGUCGAUGUUCGAGACAUGCAGGCCAGGUAUGAAGAACUUUUGGAGAAGAUCCGACCCAAUGCUGUGGGGCUCGUCGACGGAUUUGACAUUAGAGAUGAGAUUCUAAAUUCUGCGCUGGGCGCGUACGACGGGCGCGUGUACGAGCGCCUGAUGGAGGAGGCCCUCAAGAGCCCCCUCAACGCGGAGCCCGUCAACAGCUCCUUCCACAAGUACCUCAAGCCGUUCAUGCAGGGGAAACUGUGAUCACAAUUAAGGAGCACCAGCGCGGUACAUGUCCAAAGUGUGAUUUAAAGAGUGGCAAACAUUAUUUUUUAUUUUAGCCGCAAUUACAAAAUAGAAACGAGCCAGUUACUAAUAACGCUGUCUUGUUAUUAAAAAGUGUUUUUGAUGUUAAAUAGUUUAAUAAUAUUAAAACAAUUGAAAUAAAUUUGUAGCAACCUCAAAUUGUGUUUAUUAAGUAUCCAGACACGUAAAACUAAUUUCAAAUACGAUAUAUGAGGUAUAUGAGAUAUAUCACAUUUGGAAUUAGUUUUAAGUAUUAUUUAAAAUGAAAUUAAUCCCAUUAAAUUAGUUGCAUAACAGUAUUUUUUUUUAUAUUGAACGGUGUAUGAAGGUUUUUUCAUUAAAUUAUUACAUGU